AUGACAGCUAUGAUGCAAUGGCAGGUCAACAGGCAGUUUAGGAAGGACCGUGAGGCUGCCAUAGCCAGAAUUCCGAAUUCGGAUGCUGUAGUCCAGCAGCUAGACCUUCCCUAUGGUCCCCCACCAGGAUUGGCAUGGCCAUAUCAAGAGAAUCCUCUUAUUGCACAGAUAGCUGGGAUGCUAGCACGUAGGGAAAUUCAGGCUAGACAAAGGGGAGGAGCCCUUCCUGUCCAAGAGCAAGGAUGGAUCCCAAUCCAUUCCCUCCACCCGCAAGAGGAAGGAGAGGUAGAGGGGGGAAACUACCCUUUUGCUAACAAUGACAGGAAUAGGCAGGGGGCAAAUUGGAGGAACCACCCAGAUCUGGAAGAGCAGGAAGAACACAGGAAAGAAGUUCUGCCUAGGCCAUAUAGGGCGGAACCCAGAAUUGACUACGCCCAACCAGAACAGGGGCAAAAUCUCCUCCCCAUUAAUGCUUUAAAUGACGUGGGGGCAUUACAAAGGAUGAUCAGAGAAAUGAUGGAGCCUGAAGCCAGAAGAGGAGAAAGGCCCACCUAUAGAAAGCCAUAUCCAGCUUACAUUGAUCAGAUACUCUUAUCCCCAGGUUUCAAAGUACCAAACUUCACUUUGUUCAACGGAGAGGAUCCCCAUGCCUCAUCAGUUGAGCACAUAGGCAGAUUUUCCAUCCAGUGCAUAGCCAUAGAGAAUAACCCUCUGUUGAAGUUAAGGAUUUUCGGGAAUUCUCUCUCUGGACAAGCUUUUACUUGGUACACCAAUCUGCCAGCAAAUUCUGUUCAAACUUGGGAGCAGAUGGAGAGUGUUUUCCAUGAUUACUAUUAUAGGAUUCAGCCAGAGGUCACCAUCAGUGACCUUGCUGCCCUCAAGUAG